AUGGCUUCGGAGGAGGAGGAGGAGGAGUCGGCUCAGUUGGUGGCUUGUGAGAUCGUUGAGUGGGAGGAGGCCAGGGUGAAUCCGAAGUGCAGACUGGUGGAGCACUUGGGAGGAGUGGGAACAGGAGUAGCUGAACACCGCGCUGUGAUGGAGCGGUAUGGCCUCACUAGUGUUGAGUAUAGUGAGGAGAUUGAGGAGGAAUUGAAGGCGAAACUCCCCUCAUCUGAAGCAGUAGUUAAUGCCGCACUGAAAGGGAAGGGCCCUAGGAGGUGGGAUUUGAGGAAAUCUCAUCGUGUGGUAUCGAUUGACCCGCCGAGUGCUCGAGAUUUGGACGAUGCGCUUUCGGUGGAGGUGAAGUCUGGGGGAAGGUUGAGAAUAGGAGUUCACGUGGCAGAUGUAUCGCAUUUUGUAGCGGCUCAAUCUCAUCUGGAUAGGGAGGCGGCGAGGAGGGCGAUCACUGUGUAUAUGCCUCAUAAGACCUAUCCUAUGCUGCCGAGGCACCUGUCGGAGAACCUGUGUUCGCUACUUCCUGGGGAAGACCGUCUGGCAUUUAGCGUUUUCUUCACGUUGGAUGCUGCUACGGGCGAUCUGUGUGGAGAUGAGCCUGUCGCCUUUGGUAAGAGUAUUAUAAGGAGUUCAGCUCGACUGAGUUAUGAUGAAGUUGAUGCUGCUAUGGGAGCCGAGACCAAAGGCGAUGCUUUUCAGAUUGUUUCAGAUCGCGCGAUCCUGGAAGACAUUCGGCUGCUGUGGGACGUGGCUGCGAAGAGAAACGCCUCUCGUGGUGAUGAUACUAUCAGAGUUAGUUCAUCGAAGGUUUUGGCUAAUCGUCUGGUGGCCGAGCGUUUGGUGGAGGGAAUUGACGUGAAUGGAAAGUCACCACCGCCGAUUCUCAGACAGCAUCCUAACACUGAGGCUCAGGUUUUGGAGACGAUAUUGCCCAUUCUUCGACGGGGUUUCCCAGAUUUCGACUGGGGGCAGGGGCGAUCCUUAGCUGAGCUUCUGGUAGACGCUCGGAAGGUCCUCCCAGAGCCUUGUUUUAAAGCACUGUCGUUUGAAGCGAUGGUGGCAUUCCAAAUGGCGCAGUAUGUUGUUGUUACGGAUGCUGUUGGAGAGGAUACUUCUCAUUGGGCACUGGGGCUCGGACGGUAUAUGCAUUUUACCUCCCCGAUUCGGAGAUAUGCUGAUGUGCUGGUUCACCGCCUUCUGACGGACCUGGUUUGCGAGGGAGCUGCGGUGUAUGAGCAUGGAGUGGAAGAGUUGAUUCGGGCGACUUCGCGUUGCAAUCAGAUUCGGAAAGGCAGUUUGGAAGCGGAUCGGGAGUGUGCGUAUUAUUUUUUCAGCGAUUAUGUGCGGGCGAAUUAUCCCGAAAGCGGAAUGGUUUUGAACGAUUUGGUGGUGACGAAAAUUUUCCCAGGGAAGGAGGUGGCGAAGGGAAAAUUCACGAAGGAUGCGAUUGAAGUUUUUGUGCCUUUGGUGGGAUAUUCGAAAAGUGUGUCACUGGAGCAAAUAGGAGUGGGGGAAGUUGAGGAAAUUACUCCGGAUCAUGUGACGUUUUUACACGGGGAAAAACGAAUGGAAUGGAAGACGCUGAGUGUGGUGUCGAUGAAUGUGGUAUGUCCGAGUGGAGAUGACUCGGUGUUGAAGCACUGGACGCUACGGCUGCCCUCGAACGAAGCUUCACAGCAAAUAUCUGAGCGUAAAGACGGAGUUGUGCCUAGGAGUAUCCGAAAAUCUUCAGAGUGUGUUAAGAAAGAUGUAUCUAAGGAUAUCCGAAAAUCUUCAGAGUGCGUUAAGGGAGGCAUGUCUAAGGAUAUCCGAAAAUCUUCAGAGUGCGCAAAGGAAGGCUUCGGUGGUGAACACUCGGAUACCACCACCGCCGCCGCCUCCCUCUCUUCCUCCGGUGAAGUGUCCUGUUCGACCAGUGUUGCCGCUGUUGCCAGAAGGGGCGGCCUUUGCAGUUUUACGGGCCCGAAUAAAGAGCUCGGUGCGGGGAUCGAACUCGGGUGCAUCGGUUGUUUGUUCCUACUGUUAAUGGCUGAGACCAUUGAGGACACAGCGACGCCUAGAGAGGUUCUGCAGAGGGUACGGUUGAACGAAAUUGAGAUUUGCCCGGCGUUGUGGCAGUGGCUAUUGCAGCGAUGGGUUAUCGGGAGGAAGCACCACGAGGAGUCGGUCGCUAGGGAUUCGGCGGAGCUGGGGGCGGAGGUGAUACUGGGCUGA